CUCAAAUUGCCUUGGUUACCCACAUGGAAACGCGGGUCUCUUGUGUUUGAUUUCAACGGUUUUUCCUGAGACAGGCUUGAGGGUUUUUAUGCACGUUUAAAAGCGUUUGAUUAACUUAAAAGAAACAUGAAGAUCGAGGAGGUGAAAAGCACAACGAAGACGCAACGCAUUGCCUCUCACAGCCACGUGAAGGGAUUGGGGCUGGAUGAGGCCGGUAAUGCUAAACAGUCGUCGUCCGGGCUGGUGGGACAGGAGACCGCUAGAGAGGCUUGUGGCAUCAUUGUGGAGCUCAUUCGUCUUAAGAAGAUGGCUGGCAGAGCUGUUCUACUUGCAGGACCGCCUGGAACUGGAAAGACUGCCCUAGCAUUGGCCAUGGCACAGGAACUGGGGAAUAAGGUUCCAUUCUGUCCUAUGGUGGGCAGUGAAGUGUAUUCAUCAGAAAUCAAGAAAACUGAAGUGCUGAUGGAGAACUUCAGAAGAGCCAUAGGUCUGCGUAUCAAAGAGACUAAAGAGGUUUAUGAAGGUGAGGUCACUGAACUGACCCCAUGCGAGACUGAGAACCCAAUGGGGGGCUAUGGCAAAACUGUCAGUCAUGUCAUUAUUGGUUUGAAGACAGCAAAGGGCACCAAACAGUUAAAGCUGGAUCCCAGUAUAUAUGAAAGCCUGCAGAAGGAGAGAGUCGAGGUCGGUGAUGUUAUCUACAUUGAAGCCAACAGUGGGGCAGUCAAGAGGCAAGGUCGAUGCGAUACAUUUGCAACAGAGUUCGAUUUAGAAGCAGAAGAGUAAGUACCAUUACCGAAAGGCGACGUACACAAGAAGAAAGAGAUUAUUCAGGAUGUUACACUUCAUGACCUGGAUGUUGCUAAUGCAAGACCUCAGGGAGGUCAGGACAUACUUUCUAUGAUGGGUCAACUGAUGAAGCCCAAAAAGACAGAAAUCACUGAUAAACUGCGAGGUGAGAUCAAUAAGGUGGUGAACAGGUACAUAGAUCAGGGAGUGGCAGAGCUGGUUCCCGGGGUUCUGUUUAUUGAUGAGGUUCACAUGCUGGACAUUGAGUGUUUCACCUAUCUGCACCGAGCUCUGGAGAGCUCCAUCGCUCCCAUUGUUGUGUUUGCAUCCAACCGAGGAAACUGCCUUAUCAGGGGCACAGAGGAUAUCAGCUCCCCUCAAGGAAUUCCACUGGAUCUACUAGAUCGAGUCAUGAUUAUCAGGACAAUGCUGUACACGCCACAAGAAAUGAAACAGAUCAUAAAGAUUCGAGCACAGACAGAGGGCAUCAACAUCAGCGAAGAGGCUUUAUCUCACCUUGGAGAUAUUGGUACCAAAACUACACUCAGAUAUGCUGUUCAGCUGCUGACCCCUGCCAGUCUGCUGGCACGAGUUCAGGGGAAGGAAGUAGUCGAAAAAGAAAAUGUUGAAGAAAUUAAUGAACUCUUCUAUGAUGCCAAGUCCUCUGCAAAGAUUCUACAAGACCAGCACACCAAGUUUAUGAAAUAA